AAACAAACGCAGCUGCCCUAAAGUUCUCGCUCUUUCUUUUUUUCUCGAAAUCACGCCUCACUCCUUUCUUCUCAUCAACACGCACACACAAACCUCCAUCGAUCUAUCGAAGUUGUGUUCCCUCCCCGUCUUCGCAGUCGUCGGCCUCCUCUCCGUCUCCAGCUUCGACUGCUAGGCCACAGCACCUCCGGCACCACCUCCAAUUGCUACGCCACAGCACCUCCGCCUCCACCUCCGACGACUUGUGCAACGACUUCUACAGAUUCUGCCAAACAGCCCCUUAGUUGCAGCAGAAACCCCCAAUACCCCUUUCCUCAUCGGCAGUUCAACACCGACGUUUUCUAAUAGUCGUCGGAGACCAUGGGCUCUCCGAUAAACAAUUCCAAAGGAGAUGAAGUCUGCACUACUAGCGAUACAAACAACGUGUUUUUUGACGUCUAUGGCCCCCAGGCAAAAGCAGGUGUUGAGUUUAAGACCCCAGAAGCGAAUUCAACUCUUAACUUGGAAGAUGUUCAGGGGCUUAUAACAUGGGUACUUGCUGAAGGAUUCAUGCCAUCAUGGGUUUUCAUUAAGAAUAAGCCUCUGAUUCCAAAAGUGGUUAUGCUUUAUGUCCCUGGUCUUGAUGCAGCAAUCUACCUCUCACAGUCUAAAAUACUACACAGCUUAAAAGAAUGUUGUGGCAUCCCAAGGGCAGUGUUAGCGCCCAGCUGUGUAUCAGAUGGAAUGCAGACUAUAGACGCUCUUCUUACAUGUAAGGUUAAGAGAAAAAGAGAAGCAGAUACAUUUACAAAGAAAUCUAGACCUAUAUCUGAACAAGGAACAUGGCCUAUUCGUGAUGAUUUGGCAUUUUCUGAGCUCAUGAAAAACAUCCCAUUUCCAAUUUCCUAUUAUACCCUUACCACAAAGGAAUUAGAAGAUAAUGGAUACAUCCAUGAUCAAUCAGAUUUUCUCUCAACUCUUCCUGCAACAUCUGGAAAACCCACCCAUGAAAUAGUGGGAGUUGAUUGUGAAAUGUGUAUCACAAAUGAGGGAUUUGAGCUUACAAGAGUAACACUGAUAGAUUUUAAAGGACAGGUUUUGUUGGAUAAAUUGGUUAAACCAACAAAUGCAAUAACUGAUUACAACACUAGGUAUAGUGGAAUAACUAGUGAGAUGUUGAAUGGAGUCACAACAACUCUAAAAGACAUUCAGGAAGAGUUUCUACAGAUAGUUAAUAGAGAAACGAUUUUAGUUGGACAUUCAUUGGAGAAUGAUUUAUUGGCUUUAAAAAUCUGUCAUAAUUUGGUGAUUGACACUGCUGUUUUAUACAAGCAUUCGCGAGGUGGGACCUACAAAAUUGCACUUCGUGUCCUCACAAGGAAAUUCCUUGAGAGAGAAAUACAAGGUUCAGGAAAUGGACAUGAUAGUAUUGAGGAUGCAAAAGCUGCUAUGGAUCUAGCCUUUUUGAAGAUUAAAAAUGGGCCUGAUUUUGGUCGACCUCCAUCAUUUACAAGGAAAAAAUUUCUUACAGUUUUGGGUGACUCUGGGAAGGCCUCAUCUUUUAUUGAUAAUAUAUCAAUAGUGAAAAGAUAUGCUUCAGAAUCAUCACAUUCCAUUCCUGUGACUUGUGAUGAUGAAGCUCUUUCGAAAGCCAUUAAAGAAGUAAAAAACGAGAAAGUACAUUUUGUGUGGGCCCAGUUUACAGAACUGAGUAGUUAUUACAAGAAACAAGCGGAUGAUGACGUGGCAUUGAAUACCAAAGUGGCUGAGAUGAUAGCUUUGCUUACUUGUAGUAAUAACAAGUCCAAGGCUAGAAAAAGCAUCAAGUACACAGUCACACCUGAUUUGAAGCAAGUUCUUAAUCAAUUGAAUUCCAAAAUAAAAAAUAUUUACUCCAAUUUACCUAACAAUGCCAUGCUAAUAGUUUGCUCAGGUCAUGGAGACUCUGCAAUUGUUCGAAGAUUGAGGAAAAUGCUUGCAGAGAAGGCGGACAUAAACAUGCCUCGGGAACAUCUUGUAAAGGUCUUGGAAGAGUUGCAGGCUCAGGCUGAAGUAGGUUUGUGUUUUGUUGGGGUCAAACAUUGAUUGUCAACCGGUCAACAUCCGGCCCUUUUGGUGUUUUAAUUUUGAGGGUGGGUGAGGUUGUGUUCUAUAGAAAAGCUUAAAUUAAAUUUGGAUAUUUAAAAAAAAAAGUGUAUAAUAGCCCUUGAAUUGUGAAGAAUGAUAACUGUAUCCAUGGUGACUUGUCAUUUCCAUGAAACAAAACUUGCUCUUCGGUUGUCA